AAGCAGUCUCAAGAGGAAAAACGGAAAUCUAAGAAGUUUGUGUGUAAUAAGGAUUUAUGUCUCUGCUUCUUCAAACAAACAAGCCUUUUUUGUUGUUGUUUUGCUUUUCAAUAUGCAAAAUAUGAGGGGCAUUUAAAUGCUUCAGGACGACAGUCAGCGCUGGGAUACAGCGACUCAGCUCCCAUGUGAUGGGCUUCGUAUUAUGGAGUUCAGGAAGUGACUGUGUAACCCGGGACUAAACAAAAUAUUUCUACUCCUGUUCUAAACCCAAUACUGAGUGUGACCCAAUUUCCAGGUAGGGAGGUUUUCUGAUUACCUGACAGGAGCUCCUAUUUGUAGGAAAAGAAUAGCAAGAGCACAUUUAAUCUUUCAUGCUACGAGUCUGACAGCUGUGUUUUCACUCUCAGCUUGCUUGAAGGAUGAUCAGUGAAGAGCUAAUUUUCCUACGUUCAAGAUUUGCAGAUAGGAAUAUGCAUACACUGUAGUACCUGUUUAUCUGCUUCAAGCAUUAAUUGUGUGGGUUCUAGCACGAGUGCAGCAGGAAAGCAGUGUAUUUCAUGGUUAAUACCAGUGAAGAGACACGCAAUGCUCAGUGGAUAAAAGGCUUCUAGUCCCAGCUGGGAAAAUAGUUCCAUUAUCUCCCAGCUGCAUAGACCUUCCAUACGGCUCCGUUCUGCCUCGAUGAACACUGUGCCUUGCUGAGAGCUUGAAACAGUUCUGCAGAAAAUUGUAAAGAUCCUGAGACAUUUCACUGUUAAGAUCUAAUAUCAAGGUAGUCACAGGAAGACGCACUUUACUUUCCACUGAUUGGAUGGGAGGAAUUUUUGACCUUGGAAAGUGGAGAUGGUGUUGCUAUGGAAACUAAUAAUUCUGCUGCCAUUCAUGAGCUGCAGCACAGGGGAAGAAACACUACAUGGUCCUAUUUUCAUUCAAGAGCCAUCAGAUAUCACUUAUUCCAUGGGCUCAGGGAAUCCAGAAGUCCUACUGAACUGUACAGCUAAAGGAUAUCCCCUCCCUAACUACAGGUGGAAGCAAAAUGGCACAGAUAUUGAUCUUACCAUGAGUUAUCACUACAGGUUGGUUGGAGGCAGCUUGGCAAUCAAUAACCCACGUAAAAAACAGGAUAUUGGAACAUACCAGUGUUUGGCCACAAAUUCAUUUGGAACAAUUCUGAGCAGGAAGGCAAAGCUUCAAUUUGCAUAUCUUGAGAAUUUUGAAAUGAAAACGAGAAGCACAGUGUCAGUCAGAGAAGGACAAGGAGUGGUUCUGCUCUGUGGCCCUCCACCACAUCACGGAGGCUUGUCCUUUGCAUGGACCUUCAACAAUAACACCUUGUACGUUCAGGAGGACAGACGGCGUUUUGUUUCACAAGAAACUGGCAAUCUGUACAUUGCCAAGGUAGAGCCAUGGGAUGUGGGCAAUUACACCUGUGUGGUGACCAACUCCAAGGCUGGGCAGAGUGUUCAGGGGCCGCCCACUCCCCUCACCCUGCGCAGUGAUGGUGUGAUGGGAGAGUAUGAACCAAAGAUUGAAGCACUUUUUCCAGAAACAACAUACGCAGCGAAGGGCUCGUCUGUUAAACUGGAAUGUUUUGCCCUUGGAAAUCCGGUUCCUAAUAUCAGCUGGAGGAGGUCUGAUGGGAACUCAUUGACAAAGAAAAUCAAACACGACAAAAACAAAGGAGUUCUCGAAAUCCCAGAUGUUCAGCAAGAAGAUGAAGGUUCUUAUGAGUGCAUUGCAGAAAAUAUUCGAGGCAGAAACAUUGCAAGAGGGCAAUUACUCGUCUAUGCACUCCCUGAAUGGGAUAAAAAAAUCGAAAAUGCCUUUCUGUCUCUCUAUGACAGUUUGUUUUGGGAAUGUAAGGCAAAAGGAAAACCAACCCCUUCCUACAGCUGGUUAAAAAAUGGCCAACCACUCAAGUCAGAGGAGAGAAUUCAAGUGGAAAAUGGAACUCUUAUCAUACCAGUGCUGAAUAUGUCAGACUCUGGCCUCUAUCAAUGUGUGGCAGAAAACAAGUAUGAUACUAUUUAUGCCAGUGCUGAAUUGAGGGUUAUAGUGGCAGCCCCCGAUUUUUCCAAAAAUCCUGUGAAAAAAACAUCCGUUGUUCAAGUUGGUGGUGAAGUCACCAUUGGUUGUAGACCAAGUGCUUCUCCCAGAGCAGCCAUUGACUGGAGAAAGGGCCCCGAGGUGCUGCGCCUGAACAAAAGGGCCCUCUUACUGGAGGACGGCAGUCUCAGGCUCUACAACAUCACCAAAUCAGAUGCUGGGGUGUACACUUGUAUAGCAACAAAUCAGUUUGGAGUUGCCAGAAAUUCAGGGAACGUGAUCGUGAAAGAAAGGACUGUAAUUACUGUUUCACCUUCUGACAUGGAUGUAACAGUUGGAGAAAGCAUAGUCCUUCCAUGCCAGGUUUCUCACGACCCCUCCAUUGCUGUGACAUUCACGUGGUCUUUCAAUGGCAACAAAAUUGAUUUUCGAAGAGGAAUAAAUCAUUUUGAGAGAAUUGGAGGAGAAUCUGUUGGAGAUCUGAUGAUAAGAAAUAUUCAACUUCAUCAUUCUGGGAAAUAUGUGUGCCUGGUGCAAACAACUUUAGACAGUCAAUCUACAGCAGUAGAUGUAAUUGUAAGAGGUCCUCCAGGCCCACCAGAAGAUGUUAGAGUUGAACAGAUUUCUAGCACUACUGCUGUGUUAUCUUGGAAAUCUGGGAAAGAUAACAAUAGUCCAGUCCAAAUCUACAGCAUUCAGACAAGGACUCCUUUCUCAGUUGGAUGGCAGGCAGUUUCAACAGUUCCUGAAGUCCUCAAUAGUAGGACUCACAGAGCAACAGUAGUUGACUUAAGCCCUUGGGUUGAAUAUGAGUUCCGUGUGGUUGCCAGCAACAGUGUUGGAACUGGGGACCCAAGCAAGCCAUCAGCUCUAAUGAAAACCAAAGCAGCAGUUCCCACAGUGGCACCAAUGAACGUCAGUGGAGGAGGAGGGAGCUGCUCAGAGCUGGUCAUCACAUGGGAGCCAGUGCCAGAAGAACUACAAAAUGGAGAAGGUUUUGGCUAUAUCGUUAUGUUUCGCCCUCUUGGCUCAACAACAUGGACAAAAGCAGCAGUGGCUCCCGUAGAAGCAAGUAAAUAUGUUUAUAGGAAUGAAAGCAUUGCACCUCUGUCUCCUUUUGAAGUGAAAGUUGGUGUCUACAACAAUGAAGGAGAAGGGACCCUGAGCUCCAUAUCCACUGUCUACUCUGGAGAAGAUGAGCCGCAGAUAGCACCAGCAGGGACUUCAGCACUGAGCAUCUCGGCGGCAGAGGUGGAGGUCUCCUGGCAGCCCGUUGCAUGGAACAGACACACAGGCAGGGUGCUGGGCUAUGAGGUCUUAUAUUGGACCGAUGAUCCCAAGGAAAGCACAGCUGGUAAAGUCAGAGUCAAUGGGAACAUAACAGCCAAAAAUAUCACAGGCCUAAAAGCUAACACAGUGUAUUUUGCAACAGUUCGGGCUUACAACACAGCAGGGACAGGGCCCUCCAGCUCCCCAGUAAAUGUCACCACUAAAAAGUCACCUCCCAGUCAACCUCCAGUAAAUAUUGCAUGGAAACUGACAAAUUCCAAAAUCUGCUUGAAUUGGGAACAUGUGAAAACAAUGGAGAAUGAAUCAGAGGUGCUAGGCUACAAGAUUUUGUACAGACAAAACAAACAGAGUAAAGCUCACAUAUUGGAGACAAACAACACUUCAGCUGAACUUCUGGUGCCAUUUGAAGAAGAUUAUCUCAUUGAAAUAAGAACCGUCAGUGAUGGUGGGGAUGGCAGCAGCAGCAAGGAAAUUAGGAUCCCAAAAAUAUCAAGUUUAAGCUCUAGAGGAAUAAAACUGUCCCCAAGAAAACUGUAUACAUCGACAUCUGGGAUCCUACUCUUGAGUUUUGUUCUUAUGUACUCUUUUCCUUGAUGACUGAAGCAAUGGACUCUUAACACUGAACUACCUGUAGAUUCUGUCUUAAUACUUUAUCACAACCAAAAUUUCCAAGAAGGAAAAAUAGUGGGGGUGGGGAAGGGAGACAGAGAUUGUACACAUAAAAGAAAAUGUAAAUAUUAAUAAUGUAUUGAUUAAAAAGAUAAGCUUUGAAAUACAUAGCUAAAGGUAUAUGCAUUAAUUAAAUAGAGUGGUACCAAAUAUAACUUGAGACUGUGAAAAGAGUGAUCUCCAGUUUUGUACUAAUUCUUAUUGAAACUCCAAUUUAAUGGUAUGGCAAACAUGGAAGAUUUGUGCCAGGAGGUAACUGAGAAGAGACCUGAAAUUACUUGUGUUGUGGAUAUUAAUUAUCUCACAUUCUUCACCGUAACCUCUAAACAAAACAAAACCCACCAAAAACAUUUCAAAUAAAUAACAGUUAGUUAUUUACUUUUUGUAUUACAGGAACCACUACAGAAUGCAUAGUACGAAAUAUAUUCGUAGGGGAGCUGUUAGUUCAGGGUUUCAACUGGUGAUUGAACACCUGGUGAUGGGGUGUGCCUGGCCCAGACAGCACAGGCAAAUUGUUUGCACCUGUGCUUACUCCCCACUUAACCAGAAGGAGGAUGGGGGGAGGGUAGAGGCUCCUUGGGCUCAGAUAGGGGCCAACUCUUGGAAGGAGAGCAUCUCUUGGACCUGGGCUGUUUCUUGAGGAGAUGUGCUGCAUAGACAGGGAUCCCCUUCACUAUCUGGAUGAGUUUAGUUCUUUUUUCUGUAUGUGGUAUAUGGGCCAACCCCAAGCCCUUGAGUUUAAGAGAGUUUCAGUAACACCAGCAAGCCCUGAAUCAGGUUUGGACAAGGCAGAACCUUUUGUAAUUUGAGAUAUGAACUUUAAAAGGUUGUUUUAUGCAAAGGCUGUUCUGAUCAACAACUUUUUUAAGGAGAGAUUAAAAUAUAUCUGUCUUCUAGCAUGUUUAGUUAUCCUUCAGCUGGUAUUGUUCUUCACUGUAGGUUGAAAGUGUAGAUUCAUCUCUGGGAUGGGUGUGAAGGUAAAUGAGAAGAACAUUGAUUUUCCUCAUCUUGAAAUAUAAAUAAAAGCAUCUAAUUAAACCCUUCAAUCUAUUGAGUUAUUAGCAUGUCAAAUUAAACACCAGAGUGAGCUUGACUUUCAAGUGAAUAGAUAGAGCUCAAAACAUGAAGUCACACUGCUGUCAGCUUUAACAACAUCCUAUAAAAGGUAUUUGUUUUCUCACAUCACUACUAGGGGACCUUUUCAUCCUUCCCACUGUAUUUUGAAGUCUAUUUUCUUUUUGUAACUGACAAACGUGUUAUCUCAUCUUUGUAACCAUUUGCAACAACAAAUUAAUCAAGUUCCCUCCCUACUCCAAUACUUCUGAAAAAAGAAGGGCUCAAAGGGAGAUGACACUUUGUAUGCACACAAAUGAGCUGAAAAAUAUGCUUUAACCUGUGCGUGAUAAUCUUCCAAAAAGCAUGAUAAAACAUAUUUCACAUCCACAGAAAUGGGAAGCUAAGCUGGAAGCAAGAGUCUUAAUCCUAGGAUAGCUUAAGUUGGAAGGGAUCUUAAAUAUUACCCAGUUUCGAUCUCUUGCUGUGGGGUGGAUACUUGCCCCCCAGAUGAGGCUGCUUAGGGGCUCAUCCAUGGCCCUUGGGUUCCUCCAGAGAUGGGAUGCCCGCAGCUCUGAGUGAAGAAAUGCUUCCUAACAUCUAAUCUAAAUCUCCACUCUUUUCGUUUAAAGCUAUUCCCCCAGAGCCUAUUGCUAUCAGACUGUGUAAUGCGUUGCUCUGCUCCUGUUUAUAAGCUCCCCUCAAGUACAGAAAGGUCUCUGUGAGGUCUUCCCAGAGCCUUCUUUUCUCCAAGCUAAACAAGUUCAUCUCCCUCAGCCUUUCUUCAUAGAUAUUGCCCUUAAAAUAUGAAGUCGUAUGGGAAGUUACCAAAAUUUUGAUGCCUGGGUUUACUGACGUGCUGAGAGAACUCCACGUGCUCUGACACAAAACCAUAAAUAAUAAACACAUAGCAAGAACAUGCAUUAUGAAACAAUGUUCAGUUUUGAUUUAUGUACUCCAGAGGAUGAAAAGGACAUUAAAUCCCCAGGACAAGGUAUUUCGCUAGGAAUUGCGCUCUGUUAAAUAUUUGCUUUUUCUGUGAUGCUAUCAAAGCCAGAAGAGAGCAUAUUUCACAUUCUUGUGGCUACAGAAUUGAGUGUAGGAAUGUGGGCUUUUCUUUAUUGUGGAUAAACAAAUUUUACUUGCAUCUGGUGGCAGUCGGUAAUCCUCAUAUUGAAUUCAACAUUGUUUUUUCAAAAGGAUGACCACUGCAGUGGAGCUCUGACAGAGCUUUUUGCAUCAUUACAUCCCAGCAGGUCUCCAGCUGCAGCUUGUUGCUACCAUUGCAGCCUGCAUGCAGAUUUUCUGUCAUCCAAUAAGCAAGGGGUAUUUUAUUUUAUUUUUUUCAGUGAAAAGUAACUUAAACUCUUUUAUUUUAUAACAUGAAUCUGAUCCUUUCACUAAGUUGAAACAAAACAAUUCUUUUCAUUCAAGGAAAGAAAUACGUUCUGCAGAGCAGUUGUGUGGAACUGUAUAGGAGGCCUGAUAGGCAAUUAAUUACAGGGAGGUUCUAAAAAUAUAAUUCUGCUUUUAGAAGUCUGUCCUUUGAGGCUUCUACAUAGAUACUAAUUGCAGGAAUUACUAGGAAGAGGUUUAACACAGCUUUCAGUAGAAAAGAGCAGUGCAGAAUGAAGUAGCUGUGGUAUUUAGAAGUCUUGUUAAUACCCUAAGAACAAAUAUUUUUCUUUGUGGUGAAACUAAACAAGAAAAUGUUUUCUUAAGGUUUGUUUUCAUUUCUGCAUGCAUUACUGAUUUUCCUUGCAAGGUGUUUUUCUCUCUGUAGGAGCUAAUUUUCCAAUUCCCUGUGUUUGACCUCAUAAUUUCUAUAUUUGUCUUAUUCUGUUAUUUCUGUGGGAGAAUCCCCUUUUAAAUUAAAGGACAACCCUAGGAAAUUGAAGGUUGCUGACUUGAAUAACGCUUUUCUUUGGCUGAGCUUCCUUAGAGCUGGCACAUGAGUGCAUUACAAAGUUACUAUUCUGCCUAGUGAGUUCCAGUUGAGGGAUAAGUAUGUGUAUUUAUACAGGAAGGACCCUUGCAACAUCAAGGCAAUAACCAGUGGUCGUUACAGCUUAUGUUUCCUACCUCUUCCAUGUGCUACCAUGUGGACAGUGUCUAUCAUAGAUCUCUGCUCCACAGUUGUGGCGAAGUGGUGUCCCCUCUGCCUGCAGACAUCAGGUUUUAGGCAUCAUAACCACUAAAACCAAGCAAGACAUGCAACUCUAGCAAGUAAUCUUUUCAUUCUUUCCCUUAGAAGAUGUUUACUUCAGCAAACAGAACUUAAAUUGAUCUAAUUCACUAUUUUGUUCUGCUGCUGUGCUUCCUAAAGUAGAUUUACAACAAGAGAAGAAUGCGUUAAAACACUGCUUCUAAGCAGUCUUAAAGAGAAUACUAUUAAAUAAUAAUGUGGUCCCCUUCUAUCUCUAAAAUAAAUGAAGUUUGUUAAAUUGUGGAGGCCCGUGUUCUCCUCUUCCCUAUCAUUUUUCUUGUUGUUUGUUUCACUAAAAUAGAUGUCCAAAUGAAACUGGACUGGUCAAUCUACAAGAACAGCGUUGAAAAGGCCAGGUAGCCAACUUGAAUGAUUUCAUCUUGUAUCUUUGUACAAUGUUAAGACAUCUGGUGCUGAAAUAGAAAGAGUGUUGUUACUCACAGUUGUAGAAGACAUUUCAAAAUAGGAAUUUUAACUCCCAAAAACUAGAAGUCAAAAGGAAAACAACAGGGAAGGGGAACAACCCCAUUUAUUUGUAUUGUACUGGAAAUGCUGGGUGCAGACCUCCCGGACUUCAGAGCAUGGGAUCAAAUCCAAGACAAGACUCGGAUUUCCAACAGCAAGAAGAGUAAUAUCUAUUAUAUUUUGAUGACAUAAGCAAAGUAGCAAAAAACUAAAACCAGUCGCAGUCAGAGAUUUUCAUUUUAAAUUUAAUACAUCAACAAAAUAUUUCUCCCUG